CUUAGCGCAGUGGAGCAGAGAAUAACAGUAACGCAGCAGCUGGAUGGAGCAGAGGAGCGUUUGGAGAGUCCAAAUUGUGCGCACACUGACAGUGACGCUAGGACAGCGGGUUUAGGAGGCGUGUGCGCGCCUGAUUCUCACGGCGCAUAUAGUGUGGCUUUAACAAGGCGUCCACAUGUCAGGGAUCCGUUAAUUUACCCCCAGUAAAACCGCCAGAGCGAGGCAGGACCGAGAAGAGUCCCUGUCACCGUCCCUGUGCGUCUGUCUGUGGGUGCGUACCGGGAUUAUCAUUACGCACGUUACGCGGAGCGCAGUUUGGGUGAUGCGUUCAGUCGUGAGGGGUGCAGCGGGGAGCAGCGACUGUGAGCUCGGGCAUCCAGCGGCAUAAUCAGCGCCGCGUCUGGAGCAGGGAUCCGGCUGUUAUGGGGACACGGUUCGUGCACGUCGCAGGAUUUCGACCCUCAUCUUCUUUAUUUUGAGGAAUCCUCCGUCUUUGUUGCAGAGCGCAAGUCAAAGAUGCGCACCGCUGAACAAAGGAUUUAGAGGGAAAACGAUCAAGAAUCUCUUCCAUAUUUUAAUCCUCACACCUCGUCGCGUUUCGUCUCCCACGUUUGGACUCGUGUUCAUGCACAUUCUGCCUCCGAGGACAACGGGCACGGGCUGAAUAACCGGGAUCCUCCGGGCUCAUGUGGACGGAGAGCGACCGCGGAGCUCAUUCCGAAAUGUGACAUUUUUAAAGAAAAAAUUCUGACUCCCAUCAAACCUGACAACUGUGCGUCCGUCUUCAUCCUUCAUCACAUUUGUUUACAUCGAUCCAGAGAUGGCGUUCCUCCCAGUCCUCCUCCUGCUGCUGUUGGCUGUUUCUCAUGGUGCCGACGGUCAGAACUCGGACCCUGAGGCCCUCCCUCGAGGCUGUGGCUGGGGCCUGGUGCGUCCUUACACCCUCCUCUGUGACCUGGACUCCAUCUGGGGUGUGGCUGUUGAAUCUGUGGCUGCCAGUGGGACUCUGGCCUCCAUCUUACUCGCCCUCGUCCUGCUGUGCCGUUUACGCCACAUCAGCGAGGCCGAGAAGCGGAGCGGCGUGGGGCCCAUCCUCCUGCUGCUGCUCGGCAUCCUGGGCUUGUUCGGCCUGAGCUUCGCCUACCUGAUAGAGCAGGAUGAAUCGCUGUGUCUCCUCCGCAGGGCCCUGUGGGGCCUCCUGUUCGCCGUCUGCUUCUCCUGCCUGCUGGUUCAGGGCGUCCGUCUGCGCAGGUUGGGUCGGGAGCGUCGGAGCCCCGGCGGCUGCGCCCUCACCGGUCUGGCGUUGGGUUUGAGCGCCGUGCAGGGCAUCAUCGCUGCCGAGUGGCUGCUCCUGACUGUGCUGAGGGAGGGAAGAGCUGCCUGUCAGUACCUGCCUCUGGACUUCUCGCUAGCCUGCAGCUACGUGCUAGCCCUGCUGCUGGCCGCGCUGACCGCCGCCUCCCUGGCCCUCUGUGGGAAGACGCGUCAGUGGCGCUGCAACGCCAUCUGGCUGCUGCUGACCUGCCUGCUGUCGCUACUGCUGUGGGUGGCCUGGGUGGGCUUCUACCUGUACGGCAACGCCUGGCUCGGCAGGUCCCCGGACUGGAACGACCCGGCGCUGGCGAUUGCUUUAGUGGCUCAGGGCUGGCUGCUGCUGAUCUUCCACGCCAUCCCUGAAUCCCACAUCUGCCUGAGACCCCCGCCGCAGCCCACCGCCCCAGAUUACUUUGACACAUCCCAGAACUCAACGCGAAUGAGGGAGACGAGCUUCGACGAGGACAUCCCUCUGUCUCACAGGCAGUUUGUGGAGAACCAGGGCUACGGAUACAACGACGAGAACACCGCAGGUCUGAGGAGUGGUGGUGGUGCCGGUCAACACAACAGUAACACCGGCGCCCGGCCCAGCGCUCCUUUCCGUAGCAACGUGUACCAGCCCACUGAGAUGACCAUGAUCCUGAACGGGGGAGCGGUGAGUACAUCCUCCCAAUCUCAGGUGCCGUCUGCUCCUCCCACGUACACGGGGAGGCAACUGUGGUGAGCGAGAGGUUUGGAAAGAGGAUAGAAAAUGAAGAAGAGGAUGGAGGGGUGAGGAGGGAGAGGUCCAGGACGAGGAGCCCGUCCGGUUGGGUUGGACUUAAUGGAUGCCUGCGGGGGCCCUUGGACUCUGUGUACAGACUUUAACACUGACUGUGUGCCAAUCAACUAUUGUAUGAGUGUGUGUGAGACUGAGAGGACGUCGGGUAUGGAGGACAGAGCUAAAGCUUUUCUAGCACACAAGUCUCGAUAGAAGAGUUUAAAACCUUGAAAAGCGACCAGCAAGUAGCAAAACAAAAGACCUGCUGACUCAGAUGUGAAAACAUCCUCAUGCAGUAUUCCUUCCUCUUCCUUCUCUCGCUAUGAUUUGUUCCUCUGACUCCUUGAAAGCUGUGAAAUCCGUCGCCUUUUCCUGCUCUGUCAGGCAGGAUUGUCUUUUUCUGCUGCUUCUCACCGUGCUGGCGCUCAAGUGAAACAUUUGGCUCUGUCCUCCAUCAUCCACAGCGUAGGUGAAGCCAGAGCACAUGGGCAACUGUACAGCUCGAGCACCGCCCUCUUAAAAAUACUCCAGCCUCUGUGGGUGUGCAUGUACAUGAGUAUAUGAGAGGAAGGAGCGAGUGAAUACCCCACAACUCUCCCACUCCAGCAAACCCUCCCUCUCCAAGACUGUCGCUGUUUGUCCUCCCUCCCUGUUCCUGCAUUUCUCUGAAUAUAACUCCUCUCACCUCGCGUCAUCCUCCCUCCUGCAUGGACACUUUGCGAACACAAACUGUGAAACUGCAGACUGGAAAAGAAAGUUCCCGGCGACCGAGGGCAGCGUGGAGCACCUGAACAAAGCUGCCGUUAGACGUAGGAUGGAACGGGGAGGCUUGUGAUUGGCCGAGGAGGGCGUCAGUCAUCAGCGGGGAGGCGCCGCGUGGUGAAUCUAGGUCAGACUGCUGCUCCACCACAUCUCAAUGGCCACUGGCGGUUUGAAGCAGCCAGGAGAAACUGUCACUUUAUAUCAGCAGGAAACAGAGCGAGGAAGUGGAAUGGUCUCCUAUUCCUCUAUCUGUGUUUGUGAGUGUUGUGAUUCCACGAGAAAAUUCAAAGAUGCUCUCUGGUGCUAAAUAUUCCUCCACACGACCCUCCAGCGAGGCUCAGAAGCAACACUUCUGUAGAUACGGGAGUGAAACUGUGAGCGGCAGACUAUAUAUAGAGCUGCGUGGAGAUAUUCUAGAGCCUUAGGAAGAUCAGAUUUACAGUACAGGGUAGGAAGAGGAGGAUGGAAUCUGAGAGGAGGAGGAGGAGGAGGAGGAGGAGGAGGAGGAGGAGGAGGAAGGAGAGACGGUCCGAGGGGAGUAAAAUCUCUGUGACUUCUUUCUCUAAUCUGUGUGAGAAAAUGGCUGCCUGGUGUGUGUCUGUGAUGUGGAGGCGGCCGUGUGGCUCUAUGUGGUCGUCUUCUUUAUCUACUGAGGCGUCUCUCCCUCCUCCUGUCUCUCUGUGGUCGGCUAUAAUUCAAGUCCCAGUGCCAAGAAGGACUCUUGUUUCACCGGAGUCUCUGUUUCACGCCCUUUUCCCUCCAUCGUGACACCAGCUCUCUCCUUCACCAGAGAAGCUGUGUACAUAAUAGUGCUGUAAAGCGUUGCUUGCUUGUUUACUUUUUUUUUUUUUAAACUGUAGGCUGAGUUUAGACACACUGGAAAACUGACCACUGCAAACCGAUUUUAUCUCUUUUUUUAAAAACUGGUUUGCUUUCUGUUCAUAAAUUUGCUUGUUGUUACUUUUACUUUUCUCUUGCUGGUGUCUUUUUUUUUUAAACUAGCAUUUUGGAAAUGUUUUGCCAACACUAGGUAUGCUUUUGUUUUUCUGUUUGUUUGAUUAAUGUUCAAGGAAAUCAUGUGAGUUGUCAUUUAUGAGGGUUUACGUCGGUUGUACCUCCUAAUCUCGGUCCACUCUUUGCUGUUAGGGGGAUACAAACAUACCCAUUAUGAAAUAUUCAGAAAAACCACUGUGGCUGUGAAUAAUUUUGGCACUUCAUGCAGUAAACAGCGACUUAUUCUGUGAUAUUUUUAGGGAUAACUAUAAAAAGCAAGAGCAGGGAGGGCAGAAUAAACUAACUCCCAGCCCGCCAACAGUCGGUCCAGUGACCCCGGAUCUUCCAUCAGCCUCGACUAAGAAAAGAUCAGGGGUCAACCGUCGACUGCUGCUGUAUGUUUAUGUCUCACACACUGGCUAUUCUAAAAUAGGACUGGUACUCGCAUGCCAGCUUCAUGCCCAAAGACAGCCUGUCCCACUACGUCAGGCUCUGUUUGGGCCGCCGCUGGUCAGAAACCAUAGAAGAAGACGAGUCCUCAGGGUUUGGGAUGGUCAGCAGUAAAGGGACAGAGCUCCUGAGUGUCAACACUCGGAGCUGAGGGGGAGGUUUCAGUUCUUGUGAUGUUUUCACUCAAUGUGGAGUACAGAAAAAAAAAAAGAACAAUAACAUGAUGUGACUUCGUAGAUUUUGCACUUGUCGACUACCUAUCUGUGCAUGCUUAUCACCAUUUCUACAUAUAAGACCUUUCUCAGACGUACUUUUGAAUACUAACUCUAUUUAUGUAAAGGUCGUAUGACAGCAAUCAUAAUUUCAGUGUAUAUCAGAUGACACACUUAAUGUCUGUGCUUUCUUAAACACAAAAGAGAGCUGGUUCUUGAGAAGCAAAGAGAUUAAAAUCAGGGGAAAUGGUCCAAAAUAGAAUGAUUCCCCAAAAGGAACAAAAUGCCAUCAACACUGGACCUAAUAAUAACUUCCUCUGUUAGUUUGAAGACUUGAGGGAAAAAAAAAAACAGAAUCUUCUGACUGAUAUUGUCUCUGUGUUUAAAUCAAAUAGACUGUGGUGAAAUUUGCACAAAACUUGUAUGUUGAGUUUGUCUUUCCCUGGGUAGCCCAUCUGAACACCCAUCCUCCCCGGGGUUGACAUGUCCUUGCCUGUCCUCUUCUGAUUCGUCUCGCCUUCAGACUGUUCCAGCGGAGCAGCUGACCGGCCGAUAUUGGUUUUCACAGCGAUGACUGUGCAGUGACGCAGCAUGCCUAUGUAUAGAACUUGAUUCCCCUGAUUAGAAAAAGAAAAAAAAAACAAGUUAACUCUCUUGUUUCUGUAACUGAUUCAGGAAAAAAAAGUUCAAUAAAAGUGUCAUGUUUGUAGUUAA